AUGGCGGCUCAACUUACAGGAUCAAAGACAGCUUGUGUGAUCGGCGGCACCGGUUUCGUGGCAUCUUUGCUUGUCAAGCUAUUGCUUGAGGAAGGCUAUGCCGUGAACACCACUGUCCGGGACCCUGAUAAUCAGAAGAAGAUUUCUCAUCUUGUAGCACUACAGAGUUGUGACCUUGUCUUCCAUGUUGCAACACCAGUAAACUUUGCUUCUGAGGAUCCAGAGAAUGAUAUGAUAAAACCAGCAGUUCAAGGAGCCCUGAAUGUUUUGAAAGCAUCUGCAAAAGCCGAAACAGUUAAGCGUGUCAUUUUGACAUCAUCCGCAGCUGCUGUAACGAUCAGCUCAGGAGAGGAGACCGGCCUAGUCGUGGACGAGAGUAACUGGACUGAUGUGGAGGCUACCCUGCCUCCAAGACUAGCUGAGAAGGCAGCAUGGAAAUUUGCUGAAGAAAACGGCAUAGAUCUUAUCACUGUAAUCCCAAGUCUCAUGGCUGGUCCUUCUCUUACUUCGGACAUCCCCUCCAGUGUUAGUCUUGCCAUGUCCUUGAUUACAGGGAAAGAGUUCCUAAUAAAUGGAUUGAAAGGUAUGCAGAUGCUAUCAGGCUCGAUCUCCAUUUCACAUGUAGAGGAUGUGUGCCGAGCUCACAUAUUUGUGGCCGAGAAAGAAUCUGCUUCUGGUCGAUACAUUUGCUGUGCUGUCAACAAGUGUACCUAAGCUCGCGAAAUUCCUGAGCCAAAAAAUUCCUCAAUAUAAAGUCCCCACUGCUUUCGAGGAUUUCCCGUCAGACACCAAGUUGAUCAUCUCAUCAGAAAAGCUUGUCAAAGAGGGAUUCAGUUUCAAGUAUGGGAUUGAAGAAAUUUACGAUCAAUCAGUGGCAUACUUCAAGGCUAAAGGGGUUCUGGAGAACUGAAGGCCUCAGUUUGACAGUUUAUAUAAAGGCUACAAUGCUGC